AUGCUCUUUCAUAUCGUGUUGAACAAGUUCAUCGGGCCUGUCAAAUUGAAUGUCGCAGGAUAUACAGAUGUUGUGCUCAGCCCCCAAAUGUUCGUCAAGCUCAACCAGCUUCUCGAAUUCCAAUGGUGGAACACAAACAUGACAAAAAUGGUGAAACUGGGAAUUUUGGAUAUGCUGUAA